AUGGAAGAAAAAAAAGCUUUGGACAGGCAACCAAAGCCAGCAGACCUGUCUCCCUAUGCACGAGUUCCGUACCCUCAGCGGUUGAAACAAGAGAUCCAGAAACAACAAUACACCAAAUUUCUGGAUAUCUUCAAGAAGCUGCAAGUCAAUAUUCCAUUCGCAGAAGCCCUGGAAAGCAUGUCGAACUAUGUGAAAUUCAUGAAAGACCUUCUAUCAAAGAAGCGCAAGCUGAAGGAGCGCGAAACAGUGGCUCUAACUGAAGAAUGUAGUGCAAUCAUCCAAAAGAAACUUCCUCCCAAGCUGAAAGAUCCGGGCAGCUUCAGAAACUUGAUGCCACUGUCCAUGUGCAGAGCUCUGGGAAUCAAAGAGCUAAAGCCGACUACGGUUUCUCUUCAGUUAGCUGACAGAUCGAUCAAACGACCAGAUGGGGUAAUUGAGGAUGUUUUGGUUAAAAUUGACAAAUUUAUCUUCCCUGCAGAUUUUGUAAUUCCGAAUAUGGAAGAAGAUGUUGAGAUUCUCCUACUACUUGGGAGGCCAUUCUUAACCACCGCAAGAGCAAUGAUCGAUGUGGAGCAAGGAAAACUGAUGCUGAGGAUGAACGAAGAGACAGUCACCAUUGAGAUCUUUGAGUCAAUGAAGCACCCGUCAGACGAAGGAGAUUGCUUCAUGGUUGACAUAAUACAAGAAGCAGUUGAUGACACGAUAAAAGAGGAGAGUUCCCCACUCGAGUUAGAGCAAAUCAACGAAGAAGCUGAACUUGAAGAAAAAGAACCAGUGGUGGAAGAACUUGAAAGAAAGAAAGAUGACAUCCCUCUUGGAGCACCGAAGGUAGAGCUUAAGAAGUUACCUCCAAAUCUGAAGUAUAUUUUCCUUGGUAACAACAACUCUUAUCAAGUCAUCAUCAAUGUUGAGCUGUCAACCAUAGAAGAAGAAAAACUUCUCAAGGUGCUGAAGAAACACAAAGCUACCAUAGGAUGGUCCUUCUCCGACCUAAAAGGUAUAAAUCCUUCCUUUUGUACUCAUAAAAUUCUAAUGAAAGAUGAUAUUAAACCUGUAAGGCAGCCGCAAAGGAGACUCAAUCCAACCAUGAAAGAGGUGGUAAGGAAAGAGGUAGUUAAACUAUUAGAUGCAGGAAUGAUCUAUCAUAUAUCUGAUAGCGCAUGGGUAAGUCCAGUACAAAUUGUACCCAAGAAAGGUGGAGUCACCGUGGUAAGAAACGAGAACAACAAGUUGAUUCCAACAAGGGCAGUCACCGGGUGGAGGAUGUGUGUUGACUAUAGAAGACUUAAUGCAGCCACUCGGAAGGACCACUUCCCAAUUCCCUUCUUGGACCAAAUGUUGGAGAGACUAGCUGGCCAUGGUUUUUACAGGCGCUUUAUCAAGGACUUUUCCAAGAUAGCAAAACCACUAUGCAAGCUGCUGGUCAAGGAUGAGGAAUUCAACUUCACAGAUGAAUGUUUGUUAGCAUUUAAUAUUUUAAAAGAUCGCUUGACCACAGCACCCAUAAUCACUACACCAGAUUUCACUUUACCUUUUGAAUUAAUGUGUGAUGCCAGUGAUUAUGCCAUAGGAGCUGUCUUGGGACAAAGAAAGAAUAAAUUGUUGCAUGUGAUUUAUUAUGCUAGUAAAAUUCUUAAUGAUGCACAAAUGAAUUAUGCUACCACUGAAAAAGAAUUACUAGCAGUAGUCUAUGCAUUUGAUAAAUUUAGACCGCAUUUGCUGGGGUCUAAAGUAAUUGUUUAUACUGAUCAUGUUGCCUUAAAGUAUUUAUUGAAUAAGCAGGAUGCAAAGCCACGCUUGCUCAGAUGGAUGCUUCUCCUUCAAGAAUUUGAAGUAGAGAUCAAAGAUAAGAAAGGAGUGGAGAACUUGGUGGCUAAUCACCUCUCCAGGAUUCAAGAAAAAGAUCUUCAAGACGGACCUGAGCUGAAGAUCGGAGAAGAAUUCCCUGAUGAGCAAAUUCUGGCUAUCAAUGUUAUUUUAGAUCUGCAACUGGAGGAAGUGAAGAGCACAAGUACACCUCCAUGGUUUGCGGAUUUCGCAAACUUUAAAGCAGCAGGAGAAAUACCAGUAGACUUCACAUGGAAACAAAGAAAGAAGUUUCUACAUGAUGUCAAGAAAUACCUAUGGGAUGAGCCCUUCCUUUUCUACAGUUGUGCUGAUGGAGUAAUAAGGCGAUGCAUUCCAGAAGAAGAGAUGAAGGACAUCCUGUGGCACUGUCAUGGUUCCAACAACAAUGGACAUUUCACGGGAGAAAGAAUAGUCGCAAAGGGAAUAGACUUCAUGGGACCUUUUCCUCCUUCCUAUGGCAACAAAUACAUCUUCGUUGCAGUGGAUUAUGUCUCCAAGUGGGUAGAAGUUGUUGCUCUUCCUACUGAUGAUGCUCGAGUAGUCAUCGCAUUCCUAAAAAGAAAUAUAUUUGUCCGAUAUGGAGUACCGCGAGCGAUUAUAAGUGACAGAGGGACUCACUUUGACAACAGGCAAGUGGAAUACGUGUUGGCUAAAUGCGGAGUGAAACACAAGAUUGCCACACCAUAUCAUCCACAAACAAAUGGUCAAGUGGAGAUAUCCAACCGAGAGCUGAAGCGUAUAUUGGAGAAGACGGUUGGAAGUUCCAGAAAGGACUGGUCCAAGAAUCUUGAUGAUGCACUGUGGGCAUACCGGACUGCAUUCAAGACUCCAAUUGGAAUGUCCCCUUUCCAAUUACUGUUCGGAAAAGCUUGUCACUUACCAGUGGAGUUGGAACACAAAGCACUGUGCGCAAUUAAGUACCUGAACUUCGACUCCAAGACCGUAGCUGAAAAGAGACUACUUCAACUGGAUGAGCUUGAUGAAUUCUGA